AUGCCUCUCGUCGACUACUCCUCGUCUGAUUCCGAGUCGGCCGCAGAAUCUAGUGCUCUACCACCUACGGCGAAGAAGCAAAAGACAGCACAUAAUGCCGGAACCCCAUCAUCCAAUAGGCAGGCCCAGCAGACAGCUCUGCCGCCCCUGCCCUCGGCCUUCCACGACUUAUACGCGUCGACCGUGCGGGUGAGCACCAGCGAUGAUCCGGCGCUUCACCAGGGCCGCAAGCGGGUGCAUCCGCAUAAGGCGGGUCACUGGCCGACUCAUCUGUAUAUCGAAUGGCACCCAACCAACCCCGAACGCACGCACCUGAGCACCCUCCUCACCACCAUCCAGACCGCCAUCUCAUCCCUAACCACCACUUCCUCCAACACCACCACCAAUCCCAUCACGCUCUCCCCCUUCCUAACCUCAGACCUCGGCGCCCCGCAGCCUCUUCACAUCAGCCUCUCGCGCCCCCUCGCGCUGACGACGGCGCAGAGGGACGCCUUCCUGUCGCAGCUGCGGGCCAGCAUCGGCAGCAGCGGCGUGCAGCCCUUCGCACUGGCGCCGCUGGCGCUGGAGUGGCACCGCACGCGUGAGAGCGAGCGGUCGUUUUUGGUGCUGCGGGUCGGGAGUGUUGUGGAUGAUGCCGCUUCUGCUUCUACGCUUGCUUCGGGUUCAGCAUCUGCUUUCGCUUCUGAGCAAGAUGGAGCCUUUGGUAGAGACCAGCCUCGGGGCAGCAAGAGGAAGGCGACGGAGAACGGCGAUAGAGGGCACAGAGGAGGAGAUGCUACAAACCCAAACCCAAACCCAAACCCAAAUCCCGACCUCACAGCCCUCCUAACCCGCAGCAACGCCCUAUCGACGUCUUUCGACCAGCCAGCACUAUACGCUUUCAAGUCCCCCUCAAACACCUCCCACACCCCCAACACAGCCAACACCCCAAAGAACCCCCCAUCCACAUCCACAGACUCACCCAACCCCUCACAAACCUCCGACUGGGCCAGCACAGCCUUCCACAUCUCCCUAGCCUGGUCCUUCGCGCCGCCGACCCCGGCCCUGCGCCGCGCCACAGCCGACGCCUUUGACGCCUUCGACACACCAGGGAAAAAAACGGGGACAGAAACAACAGAACCAAGAACGGGGACGCGCGAUGCGGUCCUGGCGAUGCGGAUCCGCGUCGAUGGCCUCAAGGCCAAGAUCGGGAAUGUGGUUACGCAUGUGCCGCUGCCGGUCAGGGGGAAGAGCUUUACGGGUAGGGAUAGGGGUGGUGGUGGUGGGAAGGGGUUGUUUGGAGUCUGA